AUGGCUAAGCCUAAAGAUGAAGAUUACGAAUACCACCAGAGAACACCUUUCGACCCGAAAGAGAACGAGAUUGGAACAAUAUGGUGGCGUGGGAGCACUGGGCCUGGUCAUAUUGUUGUUAAUGGAAAGUCACUAUCGAGCGACUUUACCUCAGAUGGGUCCCAAAAGUUGGGAAAAAACGACAAGGUUUUGGUCUUCGAGAUGAAGGUAGCUAUGUCCUACGAGCCUGAGGGAACAUAG